AUGGAACUUGGCAUUAAACGGACAUUGAAAGGAAACUUAAAUGGAAAAGGGCUAACAUUUGGUACAUGGAACAUUCGGUCGAUAAAUGACAAAGAGGGCGAACUAAUUAAAGAAUUUGAAAACAUUGACCUAGACAUACUAGCUAUAACUGAAACUAAAAAGAAAGGAAAACAAACAGUUGAAUUACAAAAUGGACAUAUAAUGAUUUUGAGUGGGGUCCAGAAUGAGAAAAGGGCACAGGCCGGAGUUGGUUGUAUUAUAAAAAGUACCUUAGCUAAAUUUGUAACUAAAUGGGAUACUAUAUCAGAAAGAAUCAUUAUGGUACAAUUGAGGCUUGAAGACAAGAACACGAUACACAUAUUAAUACUCUAUGGCCCAAAUGAAGAUGAAAAAGCUGAAGUAAAAGACAAGUUUUGGGAUGAAGUUACGGAAGUUGUAGACAGUUUAAAUGGAGAUAUCAUUGUUCUGGGGGAUCUAAAUGGAAGGGUUGGUAUUCAGGAUUAUGAAAGCGGCGAUGUCAUAGGAAAAAAUGGAGAGGCUAUAAGAAAUAACAACGGGACUAGAAUUAUAGAGUUCUGUAUACAGAAUGAUUUAUUAAUCAUGAACACCUUUUUCAGACACAAAGAAAUCCAUCAGUACACGAGAGAAGUUAAAAAUCGAAAUGAAAAAUCCAUAAUUGACUACGUAUUAGUAUGUAAACGAUUAAGGCGAUAUAUAAAAGACGUACGAGUUAAAAGAGGCCCCGAAAUAAACAGCGAUCACUACCUGGUCUUAGCAAAAACCAAACUAGGCUUUCAAAAACCAGAUCAAAUAGAGAGACGACGGAGCAGCGUAACAAGAGAAGUAGUCAGGUCGUAUAGAUUGAACAACAGGAAUACUGCCAUGAGUUACAGGAGAAGAAUACAAGAGCUAAUUGAAACUCAACCAGCCAAUGAGGAACAAGAUCUAGAAAUAAUGUGGGAAAAUUUUAAAUUUAUACUAUUAAAAGCAGGGAAAGAAAUCUGUGGAACAACGAAAAUUAACAAAAACAAAAGACAAACCGCUUGGUGGAAUGACGAUAUCAAACAUGAAAUUAAAAUGAAAAAAGCGGCAUGGAAAAACUAUUUAUGUGGCAGAAACAUGGAUAAAUAUGAAGUAUAUAAGAAACAUAGAGAAAGAGUGAAGCAACUUGUAAUGUUAUCAAAGAAAAAGUCAUUGGAAGAAUUCGGUCGAAAAAUUGAACACGAUUUCCACGCAAAUAAAAAGCUAUUUUACAAAGUCCUUAAAAUCUUCGAUGCAAUAACAAAGACCCACCGAUGA